AAUUGUGACUUCUAAAUGAACUUUCUCUCUGUCUCUGUAGAUGCUCUUUCCCGAUUGUUUAAGAAAAUGCAUUUUAUAGUUAAGGUGCUGGAUGAUCUGACAGCCUCAGAUAUAAAAGAUGCGAUGAAGAAUUUUGCAAAAAAGGAUCAUACUCGAAUGGGCGCUUUUGUCUGCUGUGUCCUCUCGCACGGAGAGAAAGGCGCUGUGUUGGGCGUAGAUGCUAAACCAGUUGAAAUCCAUGAACUCACACUGCCUUUUGCUGAAUGUCACACACUAACAAGCAAACCCAAGCUUUUCUUCAUUCAAGCCUGCCAAGGAAGAGAGGCCCAGAACGGUGUAUGGACAGCAGAUGGACAAGGGAACGAUACAGAAGAAGGAACAUUUGAGGAAGAUGAUUAUAAUCCUGCAUUGCGCAAGGUUCCCAUAAAAGCUGAUUUCCUAAUCGGAAUGGCCACAGUAGAGCAUUACCAGUCCUUUCGCCACAUUAAAGAUGGGUCUAUCUAUAUCCAGGAGCUCUGUAGACAGCUGGAGUUAUUCUGCCCCAGAAACUUGUUCCUUUCUCAUUUGCGCAGGAAGAUUAGAGAUGAGCUGGAAUGCGGAUGCUGUCACACCGCUCAUGUGACCCUCAUGUGACCCAAAAAUUACCCUCAGGACUUCCAAUUUGCACGGUUAAAGUUCAAAAAUCAUCAAUUUGUUCCACCCUACAAAUGACCCACAGGUCAACACCAUAGGU